AUGUCUAGCACGAGGAAGGAGGCGCCGUCGUCGUUGUUUUCGUCACUGGCGGACGAUAUCGUUUUAAACGUCUUAGCCCGCGUGCCGAGACGGUAUCACCCAAAUAUCUCUUGCGUGUCGAAGAAGUUGCGAUCUCUCGUACGUUCCUCUGAGCUUCACAAGACGCGGUCUCUCCUGGGAAUGGAUCGCUUCUACGUGUGCUUCGACGAAUACGGUUAUCCUCACAGGAUCAAUCAUUGGUUCGCUCUCGCUGAGAAUCGUCGUUUGGUGCCGAUCCCGUUCCCUUCUCCGCCUGAGCCUUACUCUGUUGCUCUCACGGUGGGCCCGGAGAUCUACUUCGUUGGCGGUUAUUGCACUCGUCCUUCGAGCAGCAUGUGGAUCCUUGACUCCCGGUCUGGAAAGUUGCGCCGGGGUCCAAGUUCGCUCGUGGCCACCCGUAGCGCUGCCGCCGGACUAGUCAACGACAAGAUUUACAUGUUUGGAGGACGGUGCGAAGACGAAUACGAAGAGAUCCAAGCGCAGGCCUUUGACCUAAAGUCGCAAACUUGGCAACUCGCACCAAAUCCAACUAGGCAAGUGCAAGACAUAUCUAUGUCGGCGUCACUAAGGAGAAACAUUUAUGCGAGGAAUGCUGAGGAAGCAGUCGUGGUUUAUGAUACUAGAGAUGGCGAGAUUGAGAUACCAGCACCAGCUCAGCAGUUACGCAGUAGAGAUUUUUGUGUGGUAGAUAAUGUGCUCUACAUAUAUCAAACUCAUGCUGGAUUAUUGUGGUAUGAAUCUAAGGAGAAGGAAUGGAGAGUUGUUGAGGGUUUGAAUCUCAAAGCGCGUAUCGCCUGGAGUACUGCAUUGGCUGAAUACAAUGGAAAGUUGGCGUUUUUGUGGCAUGAAAGAGACAAAAGUGAGGUUUGGUGUUCAGUGAUCGUCUUGUAUGGGAGUAAAGUAGCUGUUCGGGGCCGGGUCGAGUGGUCUGGUUGCCUACUUUCUGACCUCCCUUAUAAGUACAAGUUUAAGCAUUGUCUAUGUUUGGAUUAA